AUGGCUUACGUUUUAACUGAAACCGCUGCCGGUUACGCUUUGUUAAAGGCUUCUGACAAGAAGAUCCACAAGAGCGCUACCUUGGUCAAGGACUUGAACACUGCCGCUAAGGUCGCUGAACAAUUCAAGGUCUCUGCCUUUUCCAAGUUCACUUCCGCUGCCAACGCUUUGGAAGAAGCCAACGCCGUUAUCGAGGGCCGUGUCUCCGACCAGUUGUCCAAGUUCUUGGAAGAAGCCAAGUCCGACAAGAAGGCUACCUUGAUUGUCUCCGAAACCAAGUUGGGUAACGCCAUUAACAAGUUGGGCCUUAACUUCAGCGUCAUCUCCGAUGCUGCCACCUUGGACUUGAACAGAGCCAUCAGAGAGCACUUGCCAGAGCUUUUACCGGGUUUGUCUGACAAGGACCUCUCCACCAUGUCCCUUGGUCUUGCCCACUCCAUCGGCCGUCACAAGCUCAAGUUCUCUGCCGACAAGGUUGACACUAUGAUUGUCCAGGCCAUUGCCCUUUUGGACGACUUAGACAAGGAAUUGAACACCUACGCUAUGAGAGUCAAGGAAUGGUACGGCUGGCAUUUCCCGGAAUUGGCUAAGAUUGUGACCGAUUCCGUUGCCUACGCUAGAAUCAUUCUUACCAUGGGUGUCAGAACCCAGUGUGCCGAGACCGACUUGAGCGAAAUCUUGCCAGAAGAAGUUGAAGCCCAGGUCAAGACCGCCGCUGAAGUUUCCAUGGGUACCGAGAUUACUCCAAUUGAUUUGGAAAACAUCCAGGCUCUUGCCGACCAGAUCGUCGACUUUGCCGCCUACCGUGAACAAUUGUCCAACUACUUGUCUUCCAGAAUGAAGGCUAUCGCUCCAAACAUGACCGCUUUGCUCGGUGAAUUGGUCGGUGCUAGAUUGAUCGCCCAUGCCGGUUCCUUGAUCUCCUUGGCCAAGGCUCCAGCCUCUACCAUUCAGAUCUUGGGUGCCGAAAAGGCCCUUUUCAGAGCCUUGAAGACCAAGCAUGACACGCCAAAGUACGGUUUAUUGUACCACGCCUCCCUCGUUGGUCAGGCUACCGGUAAAAAUAAGGGUAAGAUUGCCCGUGUCUUGGCCGCCAAGGCUGCCGUUGCCUUACGUUACGAUGCUUUGGCCGAAGACCGUGACGACUCUGGUAACAUCGGGUUGGACGUCAGAGCCAAGGUUGAGUCCAGAUUGAGUGCCUUGGAAGGCCGUGACAUGAGAACUACUUCUAAGAUUGCCAGAGAAACUCCAAAGGUUGAGAUCACCGAGGCCAAGGCCUACAACGCCGAUGCCGAUGCUCCAGAAACCGCCGCCACCACCGAAGACUCUGACGACGAAAGCGACUCGGAAGCUGAAAAGAAGGAGAAGAAGAAGGAGAAGAAGGAGAAGAAGGAGAAGAAGGAGAAGAAGGAGAAGAAGGACAAGAAGAGAAAGAGAGACGACUCUGACGAUGAAAAGUCCGAGAAGAAGGAAAAGAAGGAGAAGAAGGAAAAGAAGGAGAAGAAGGAGAAGAAGGAGAAGAAAGAGAAGAAGUCUAAGAAAUAG